CCAGCUGUAUUCUGAGGUGGUCAGCACACAGGUCAUCAUCCUUUCAUCAUGGCUCUGUGGAUGCAUCUCCUCACCGUGCUGGCCCUGCUGGCCCUCUGGGGGCCCAACACUGGUCAGGCCUUUGUCAGCCGGCAUCUGUGCGGCUCCAACUUAGUGGAGACAUUGUAUUCAGUGUGUCAGGAUGAUGGCUUCUUCUAUAUACCCAAGGACCGUCGGGAGCUAGAGGACCCACAGGUGGAGCAGACAGAACUGGGCAUGGGCCUGGGGGCAGGUGGACUACAGCCCUUGGCACUGGAGAUGGCACUACAGAAGCGUGGCAUUGUGGAUCAGUGCUGUACUGGCACCUGCACACGCCACCAGCUGCAGAGCUACUGCAACUAGACACCUGCCUUGAACCUGGCCUCCCACUCUCCCCUGGCAACCAAUAAACCCCUUGAAUGAG